UGUAUUCCCUCAGUGACAAGCACGCCCUUGCCUAUUAGCUGCACUAAUAAGACCACCUAUGCGAGAAUACUUAGAGAAGAGGAAGAAAUAGACAUAAUCUUCAAUAUCGCUAUUAGUGCGGCCAACUGGGCCCUGCUUACUGGCUAUCUGGUAGCUCCUGGUAUAUUUACCUCGCUUCAAAGCUCCGAUGAGGUGGAGCGUGCUUUGCAAGCUAACAAAGCCGGUCGGACGGUGUUGCAUAUAAUCCAAAAUCCCCUAUUACUCUCUGUCGCCUAUUAUCUCUUCCUCGGUGGUAUUGCGGCUUUCGUAUGGCUUCUGCAUUUUCCGAAGCUCAGAGGUAAUUACAUAUGGUUGGUCAAUAAGCUUUUUGCCAGUGUCGUUAAACGCUGUUGCUGGGAUAUUAACCACAAUAAUCAACGUCUGUGCAUCUCAAGGAGGAGAUUAGUCCGUAAUGGCUAUUGUAACAACAGUUGUUACUGGGACGACUCUCCUUGUCUCCGUGGCUCUGCUGUGCGUUUACAAGUUCUACUUGUUGAAGAAGGUUAA